AUAAUUCUAGACUGAGUUGAAGAAUAUAGACAGUGGUAUGUAUGUUGCAGUUCCCUAAAUCUCAAGAGUCCGAUCAUUUACUUUUAUUGUACGAAAUCAAAUGUUCAGCUGCACUUUAUCUCACCGAACAAGACAGCGCACAUCUGUACACGGAAAAUCACUAACAGCUGGAAUCGGUUGCGCCGCGCGCCUUACGAAAUUCUGCACAACUGGAUGCGCGAUUACAGAGCAGAAGUGUGCUGACACGUCUCCAGGGGGACUCGGAGGACUUAACGUCAGGGUCUGCUGAAAAUGGACGCUGGAUGUGUCUCUGGUGGAGUUUUACUAACAGUUCCUCUCACAUCACAUGCAGUUUAGGACAAUAAAUUACUACAUGCUCACUGAAUUAGAAUUGGUCAGGGGUCUUUUUUUAUGUUUUUUUUGUUCUCUGUGCAGAUGUGUAAGAAAAGAAUAUGGCAAUGCUGAAGAAAGUUAACCGAAUGCUCUCCAUCUUAAUCAUUCUGAUGGUCCUGGUUCUGCUGUACAGCAAAUUGUACAGCAAAGCACAUCAGCCAGAAAAACACUCGGAGCUCACUGACAGCAGGGUACCAAACCAAACUGUGGCCAGUGCACUUGAGACGGAUUCGGAUAUUCCCGUGUUGAUCUGUGCGGCAGAGGAUCGACUCGGAGCCGCAAUGGCAACAAUCAACAGCGUGUAUAGCAACACGCGGGCCAGCGUGCUUUUCUACAUUGUGACCCUGAGAGAUGCUAUCAAGCUGACAAGGCAGUACAUCAAAAGAACCAAACUGAAGCACAUCAAAUAUAAGAUUCUGGAGUUUAAUCCCAUGGUGCUGAGAGGCAAAGUGAAACCAGAUUCCUCCAGACCAGAUCUCCUUCAUCCUCUGAACUUUGUAAGGUUCUACUUACCCCUGCUUGCUAUCAGCAAUCAUAAGAGGAUCAUUUACCUGGAUGAUGACAUCAUUGUUCAAGGAGAUAUCCAGGAGCUGUACAGAAUAAAGCUGCAGCCUGGACAUGCAGCGGCAUUUGCGUCAGACUGCGACCUGCCUGAUACACACGAGAUGGUGCGCAGUGUCGGCCUGCAAACAUUCUACAUGGGUUUUCUGGACUAUCGAAAGCAGGCAGUCCAGAAGUUGGGCAUUAACCCUAACGACUGCUCCUUUAACCCUGGCGUGUUUGUAGCUGAUAUUGACGAGUGGAAGAAGCAGAAGAUCACCAUGCAGCUGGAGAAAUGGAUGAGCGAAAACUUUAAGGAAAACCUGUACAGCAGUGCCAUGGCAGGUGGCGUCGCCACUCCUCCUAUACUCAUAGUGUUCCACAACAAAUAUACAACAAUCGACCCUAAGUGGCACGUCAGACACCUGGGUUGGAGUCCUGAUACUCAUUAUCCCCAUUCUGUACUCCAAGAGGCGAAACUGCUUCACUGGAACGGUCGCUAUAAACCCUGGGACUACCCCUGUGUUCACGCUGACUUCUGGGAGAAAUGGUUUAUUCCUGACCCAUCUGGAAAAUUUGUAUUGGUGCGGCCUGAAACGUGAAAAACCAAAAACAAACAAAAAAAAAGACACUUCUACUAUUUAAACUAAACUCAGUCCAAGUUAAGGAACUUCUGCUGCACAGAAUGUUUGAGUUCAUCAUAUGUGAGAUUCAGAAAUCCCUCUAGACCUAGAGUCAUAUUUUGUAGGACAGCUUUAAAACGUGUCAUGCAGCAAAUUUGAGUAGGUCCUUCAUUUUCUGGCCUAGAAAUAAGCCUCAGCCAGAAUACAGCUGCUGAACACCACCUCGGUUUCUUAAAUGCCAUCUUGUGAUGGUGUGUUUGACUAGAGCACAUAACUAAAAAUUUUAGACAAAGAAUUCCAAAUUAGAAAGUCAGGAAGGUACAAUACACACAAGCUCCAUCAGCAUGACCACUCACUUUGAAUGUUGAAAUGUUCAUUGUCAAAGUCUAUAACUGUACUGUUUGCAGUUUUGCAAGUAAAUGAAUCAUAAACUGAUCACUUCAAUUAUCUGUCUGUUAAUGGAAGCAUGCAUUCAUUUCUGUGGUGUAUAAUUUGUGACUUGAAUACUUAAAGUGCAAAAUAUUCUGAGUAAAUAAAUCACUAGUUUUAAUUGAGUAAUUUUGAUGUAGUUCACUUCACAGGCAGUAGAGGGUGCUAAACAUAACUGCCUCAAACGUAUUUAUGCAUGUGUCAGACCAGUCACAUGAAUCAUCUGCUCCAGCACUAACUAGAACUCCCAAGUUCAUACUGAGAUCAUGGGAACUCCUCAUCGUUAGUCAGGAAACACCUGUUGUUCAUUCAAGAGCAUCUCUACUAACACCACACGUCUUUAGAACCUUUUACAACUCCAUUACUACAGUAUUAGGCCAAGGUUGCUCUAAUAAAACCUAGCAUAAAAAGUCCAUGUCUGAGACCUGCACCCCAAAGCCCCCUGAGCAUUAAAAUUGAGAAAAAAUGUUUUUGAAAACAUUUAAUGGUUCACAUGACAGGAAUUCAACACUCCAUAACCGGGUCAGUUAAAUAUUAACAAAUUUACAGUCAUGAGGAAUGUAAAAAAAAAAAAAAUCCAAACACAAAGCAGCUCCUUAAAAAACCCAUUACCCAACCCCACAAAGCUCUGACAGACAAAGCAUCCACUCAGGAUCCGGUCUCCACCCUGUCUGCCAUUAGACCCUCCCCCUCGUCUGAUCCUUCACCCUGU